AUGGUUGCUCCCGGCUCACUCAGUGAUUACAUUAAGAUGAAAACACAUUUAAAGGGAAAGGAAGUGAGAGAGAAACAAAAUGAGGUAUUUCUGCGAAAAGCUAAUACUCAGUCAAAUGUUUUGAAAGACCUAAAAUAUCAAAUGGUCGGUUCCCAAUUGGAGAGAUUUUCAAAAGCAAAUCAUUUCCAACAUGUCUUAGAGGAAGAAAAUGAAAAUAGCAUGAACUCAGAUGACUUGGAAUCAAGACAUAUAUCAGAUGAUGAUGAUGCUGAAGGUGGUAAUGAUGAUGUUCAAGGUGGUAUUGAUGAAAGUAGUAGUAAUGCAUUGUCAAAAGUGAAGCGAACUAUAGGACUAACUAUGUGCAAAGAUGUCCACGAAUGGACAAUAGAUGAUCGCACUUUAGCUCGUAAUUGUAGUCUUGCUCCAUUGAACAAACUUAAUUGGCAUAAGGUCCUUGAUAAGGAUAAAAUUUGGGAAUUUGUCAAGAUUAAGUUCAUUAUCUCUGAAGAAGGGAAGGACUAUGUGUUGGCAGCAGUUGAAAAACUUUGGCGUCGACAUAAAAGCAUUAUUGUGAAGAAGAAACACUUUAGUGCUUACGACAAUGAUGAUGACAGAUUGGAAAAUGCUCCCGAUAAUAUUCCAGAAGCUUAUUUCAAAGAAUUAUUAGAUUAUUGGAAAUUAGAUAUUGUUGAAGAAGAAAGCAAGAAGAAAAGUGAAAGCAGUAUCAACCAAAAAGAUAGGCACACCAUGGGUCCCGUGAGCUUUGCAAGGAAGGAACAUGAAUUGCAACAACAAGAUAAUGAGAAAAAACGACCAUCCCAAGCACUGUUGUACAAAGAGUCUCGAAAGAGGAAAGCGAACAAAAUAUACAAAACAGCUUAUGAGCCUAUUAAAUUUAAUAUCUUAUUUAUUCUGCUUCCAUUAUUUCAAAUGUAG